AUGGUGGAGCGGUCGGACCGAGCACCUCUGCUGGACUGGGAGGAGGUUCCGUCCGCGGAGAAGCCUGGUGGAGCGGCACCGGCUGCAGCACACUCCAAGGACCGAGUGGCGAGCCCCUGCAACAGCCGUGCCUCGUCAGGAUGCUCCGCGCCGGGGCUUGGGUGGAGCAGCGGUCCAGGGGGUCCCACUCCCAGCAGGUCCGUCUCCAACGCCGACGGCUGCAGCGCCCCACCCGCGACCUCCAACACCCCGCUGGGCAAGAAUGAAGCCCUGCAUCCCGACUACGAGGAGCAUCUCUCGGAUUCAGGAUCGGGGGAGGUGUCGCUAGAGGACAGGAUGGUGAAAUGGGAGGAAAAGGACCAGAUUGUGUCGGUCUUUGUGGUUACAUUUAAUACCAGAUCAGGAAACAUGCUGGAGUGGUGUCUGCCCAAAGACAUGGACCUGGAGGGAGUGGAGUUCAAAGCCAUCGCCAGCGGCUCCCACCGAGUCACCACAGACUUCAUCUACUUCCGGAAGGGCUGCUACUUUGGCCUGGCCUGCUUUGCCAACAUGGCGGUGGAGAGCACAGUGGAGAGGGGCGCGAGGAUGAAGUCGGUAGGGAUCCUGUCUCCUUCCUACACCUUGCUCUACCGCUACAUGAGCUUCCUGGAGCACCAGGUCAGGCUCCAGCUUCAGUCCCCAGGCCACUACUCUCCCCUGGAGGCCUUCUAUGAGGACAAGAGAGCACUUCUGCCCCCCGGUGGUGAUGGUGUUGUUAUUGCAUGUCCAGCCAAUGCCUGGGGAGCUGCAAUCAACCACAGCAUGCACCCUGAAAUGAAGAUCACCCACCCUGCAGGCUGCAUGUCCCAGUUCAUCCGCUUCUUUGGGGAGCAGAUCAUGGUGCUGUGGAAACUGGCUCUCCUCCGCAGACGCAUCCUCAUCUUCUCCCCUCCACCUGUGGGUGUGGUCUGCUACAGAGUGUACUGCUGCUGUUGCCUGGCAAACAUCUCCAUCCCCGGGAUCGGCGUGGCUGUGCCUGAGUUCCGCCCUUUCUUCUAUGUUAACGUGGCCGAUAUCAGCGCCCUGGAGAACGAGCUCUCCUACGUGGCAUGUACUACUGAGAAGAUCUUUGAGGAGAAGAAGGAUCUGUAUGAUGCGUAUGUAGACAAUCAGAAUGUAAAGACCUGCAGGGACGGCCUGAAGCCUCUGCUCCGCCUCAGCACCGCAGACAGGGAGAAAUAUCGCAAACUCACGGAACAGAGGCAGAUGUUGCUAUACUCCCAGGAGGAGAAUGGAGACUGUGUGUCCAGCGAAGAGGAUCUCUUUAUUUUGUUUUUCCUGGAGCAGAACAACAGGAUUUUCCAGACCCUCAGUGAGGUGGCAGGGAGCCCCGAUCCCACGCUGACCCAGGAGAGUGUGAGGGCCAUGGGUCUGGAUCCCCACGGAGACAGGCUCUUCCUGCUCCACCUGCUGGAGAUCUAUGGCUAUGACACCCUCCUGGUGUCGGAGCAGCUGUGCUGCAGUUGAGAGACGACAGAUGUGGAUUUAACUUUGAGUGCUGCACUACUGGCUUCUUGGAGUCUUUGGAACUUUUUUUUCUUUUGUAUAUCCCCCCGUGUGCUUCUUUUGUUCGCCGUGGUUUUGCUCCCUCACAACCUGAUGGCAAGAGCAACAACAUCAGUCAACUCUCAUGUAUUAUAACCAAGAGUCAUGUGGUCCCUUCUACUUGAUAUAGCCUCGUGGAGGCUUAAGAUGGAUUACUCACCCAUGGCUGACUAAAAGUGAUUCUCUGGAUCGCAUACAGCUGCAGUAUUCCAACACUGAGACGUGUUUGAACGAUAUGGAUGGCAGGUCCAAACCCCAAGAUGAUGAUAAGAUCAAAUAAAUACUAAGAUGGCUUGAAAUGUACUUGGACAUCAAGUUGAAUGAGACUUUGGAGAUUUUCAGUGAACAAAAUGUGUACUGAGGAUUGAUGUGUGAAAGAAAAAAAGAGAGGUAGCCGUCCUGUAAAUAAUCCCAUUUUCUUUUUUCUUUCUAAAUGUAAAGUGUGUCAGCGUAUGUGUGGUAUAGGGUGCGCCUCUCUGCCAGUGUUGCUUUCCUUGUAUCAAGUGCUGGAUUCAAACAUGUCAUUUCUAAGCAUCAAUGUCCAAAUCAGGGCCUCCUUUCUUGAAAUCUAACUUAUGUCACUACAAGUAGGUCAAACCACUUUUGUCUUCAAGAGCCACGUCUGUAAGCACUGCUGUUUAACUCGCACUGAAUGCGACAAAAUGACCAAGUUGUCAUUUAAUGUUACCAAUUAUUUUUGGCCUGAGCGAAGACCAAAUCAGAUUUUCUAAUGAUGUCAUUGUCCAACAGGCAAGGGUGACGUCCACGUGGACAUUGAGGCUAUUUCAUAUGGCUUAUUUGCACCGGCACAGUCAGCUGGGCCUGCAGUUCAGAGGCAUAAGCUGUUACACAAAGAGCCAUGUUUAGUCUUUCUUGCAGCUAUAGUAUCAAGACUUCAGGGGGCGAGUUCACAACUUCAGGCGAUUCUCUCGAUUCAGAGACACUGACUUGAUUUAACAGCUACCAUCUGCAGAAUAGAUAAUUGCGUGAGACCCAAUACUAGAACGUUUAAGCUCUGUACAUUUUGAAGCACACUAUAGCCACGUAUGCUUUCAACUUCGUUAACAGAGAGGUCGCACUUGUUGGUAUCUUAUGUUGUGUAUUGCUGUUGGUGCGAGGUAGUGCAGCAGUGAGAUAAAAAAAAACAACAUGAUUCUUGCUUGUUCGGAAAGGAGGUAAGAACCUUCUAGCUGCAUUUCUCAAUUGUUGGCCACUAGAGGACAGAAGAACUAAACAAUAGCAAUUACACAGCUACUAGAUUUUAAUAGUUCUUAACAUGUAAGCUAAACAAUGGCUUAUCCAGCAAACACGAAGAAACCGCAUUCAUGUGGAGUCGUGUGUUUUUUUUUGUCUGUUUCUUUAGCUCUACUGUGGACUUCACCAACUGAGUAAAAUAGCUUUUAGCUGCUAGCUUUUCGACUUUCUUCACGAGCUAGCAGCUAACAUUGUGUCUGUUUAGCGCUGGAUAGGUAGCAUACAGUUGCUUUAUUGGAACUUUUUGCCAAAAAUAACAGUCUGUUGAUGCUGGUAACACGGUUAAUAAGAGUAGUGAUAUUGAACCAUAGAGUAAAUGUUUCAUAAAACCAUAACUAGUGUCCGUCACUAGCUAAGAGACUUAAAAAAGCUCCAGAGAUUAGCAAUAAUUCUCUGCAAGAUUGUCAGCGACCUCUUUCACAUUCCAUGUAUCCAUUUGAGUCUCUGUUAAUGUAAAACAUGACUAAUUAAUGCAGCUUUAAGCAAUUUUCCCCUUUGAUGGGACAUUUAAACGUCAGCCUGUAUACCUCCAUAGAUCAGGUAUUGUUUAGUUUGUGGCACAUACAGUAACUGCAAUGUGAAAAUACAUGCAUUC